AUGGAAGCCAACACUUCCCUCUGGCACAGCUACCUCGGGGUGAUCGUGUCCCGCGAGAGGGAGCGGCUGGAGAAUUUCCAGCGGGCUGAGGACAUCCUGCUGACCCUGCUGGAGGGUGUCCAUGCCAGGGAGCCCCGCUUCCUUGUGGACUAUGCCAGGAACCUGGAAGCCCUCGAGUUCGCUCUCUCUGCCUCUGAGGAUGCUGUCACUGUAGAGAUGCCCCUGCGGAUUGACCGUGAUACCCUGCAGCUCUUGGCAUGCCAGCCCAGAGACACCCCAGGAGGGCACCCUCCAGGGCUGAGCACCUGCUAUCUGGAAGUGCCCUCUCCGGGGACCGAUUUGGAGGACUGGAUCAGUGUCGUGGGUGCGAUGGAGCACGGAGGUGGUGCGAAGUGUCUGGUUCCGGGCAAAGUCCUCCAGCACCUGAAAGAGCUCCUUGUUUCAGCCAUCGUGCACUGCCAGCGCUGCUUCCUGCUUCAGCCAGGUGACGUCAGCGCCGAAAAUCUGCGGGAAGAUGCCAUGGAGCUCUCCCUGCUGAUCCGUGGUGGCUGGAAGAACAUUCGCUUUGACAUUGUUCCGGUGGUGAGGAGGCAGCAGGAGCCGUUCCAGCUCCAGGGGAGGCAGAUUGACAGGGGUUUCCCUGAAGGCAGCCUCCAGAGGGCCACAGAAGAGGCCCACUUUGUCCCUGCCUCUCCCCAUUGCUGGAGAUCCUCCACUCACCUCCCCAUCCUGAGGCUGCUCCACGCAGUGGACACACUGAAGGGACCCCGUCUGGACAGCCUUCGCCUGCUCGACCAGCUCCGCGACCAGGACUGGGGAGAGGAGGGUGGGAAGAGUGGUCUCACUUUCAACUACCUGAAGAUGGUGCUGCUGUGGAGCACAGAGCUCUUUCCCUCCCUGGAGGACUGGCAGGACCUGGAGGGCUCUGUCUACAGGCUCUUGGUGAUCCUUCUCCGCUGCCUGGCCAUCCGGCACCUGCCCCAUUUUCUGAACCCAGAGGAGAACCUCUUCCAAGGAGCAGCCAUGGACCUUGCCUCCCUCUACCAUAAAGUAGAGAGCUUUGCCCGGGACCCCCGACGCUUCCUCCAUUUCCAUUUUGGCCACCCUGCACGCACUGACAGCCGGAAGGCAAACCCCAACACCCGAGCUCUCCUGCAGCUCCCCAGCGAGGAUGGGUCUUACUGGGACACAGCCUACUUUGACAUCCUGCUCAACCAGUUUCAGGUGUACCGGAUCCAGGACAGUGCACGCCGCUCAGCAAUGUCCCAGCUCCUCUCCAAGAUCCGGCAAGAAAUUCCGCAGCAGAGCUGAGUGGAACCCCACUGCUGCCCCGUUGGGGUGUCUCAAAACUCUGGGGGGGUG